GCUGACUCUGGCUUUGAGAUUGAAGAUGCAGGAUCUGCGGAAACAAAGAUGACCUCGCUGCUCAACCGGAGCUGGAGGUGUGACUUCAAGGAGUCUCGUUCUAUGGAAGUGAUUCAAGACCCCGUCAGGAUCUUCUUCACUGAACCCAUGGAAGAGAUCAGGCAAGAUCUGUGCUGGGCAAAUCCUUGGAUUGAGGCUGCUGUGCAUAGGAGUGCAAGUGAGUCAUUCCUUUCUCUCCUGGUCAGGUGAGACCUGGAUUGUAAAGGCGGAACAGGAAUCCUGCCUGCUGAAGAAACAUUUCUCAAGUGUCUACAUGUUUUAGAAGGGGAAUUUUUCAGAGGUAGCCACUUCUUAGGAACUGUCUGACAGCAUCAGGCCUCUGAACCAAGGGGAAGGAGAAGAGAAAAGAGCUGAAACCCAAGGUUCAUCUGAUGGUGAAACUGGGAUUGAGGAGAUGUUGAUUCCAAAGCAUCAUUCCUGAAAAGUCAGAAUUGCAUUAUAUUUUCAGGAGAAUUCCACAGAAGACUUUGCCAAGGAAGUCAAAAUUUAGAAAGCUCCUCUAAAUGGAAAGAGAAGACUAGAGAGGCAUUGGAAUGCUGCAAGUAGGAGAAAAUGAGGAGAAAGACGGGGAACUUCAAACAUAAGACAGGUAAAGACAGUAAAGCACUUACAGAAGUGAGUGACCAAGAGUCUGGAAAAGACAGUAGUCAACGCUAUGAUCCUGUAACAAAUACAAGAGUUCAAGCUGAAAGGAGACAGUAUGUAUGUGCGGAGUGUGGGAAAGCCUUCAGUCAGAGUGCAAACCUCACAGUACAUGAGCGAAUCCACACAGGAGAGAAACCCUAUAAGUGUAAGGAGUGUGGGAAAGCCUUCAGUCAUAGCUCCAACCUUGUUGUUCAUCGGAGAAUCCAUACUGGAUUGAAGCCCUACACGUGCAGUGAAUGUGGGAAGUCUUUCAGUGGUAAGUCACACCUCAUUCGACACGAGGGAAUCCACAGUGGGGAGAAAACCUAUGAAUGUAAAGAAUGUGGGAAAGCCUUUAGUCGGAGUUCAGGCCUUAUUUCACAUCACAGAGUUCACACUGGGGAGAAGCCCUACACUUGUAUUGAAUGUGGGAAAGCCUUUAGCCGUAGUUCAAACCUCACUCAACAUCAGAGAAUGCACAAAGGAAAAAAAGUGUACAAAUGUAAAGAGUGUGGGAAAACUUGUGGUUCUAAUACAAAGAUUAUGGACCAUCAGAGAAUUCACACUGGGGAAAAGCCUUAUGAAUGUGAUGAGUGUGGAAAAGCUUUCAUCUUAAGAAAGACACUUAAUGAACACCAGAGACUUCAUCGUAGAGAAAAACCUUACAAAUGUAAUGAAUGUGGGAAAGCUUUUACUUCUAAUCGAAACCUCAUUGAUCAUCAGAGAGUUCACACUGGAGAGAAACCCUAUAAAUGUAAUGAGUGUGCGAAAACCUUCAGGCAGACUUCGCAAGUUAUUCUACAUUUGAGGACCCACACUAAAGAGAAACCCUAUAAGUGUAGUGAGUGUGGGAAAGCCUAUCGAUACAGCUCACAGCUUAUUCAACAUCAGAGAAAACAUAAUGAGGAGAAAGAAACCUCGUAAGUAACAAAUGUUGGAUAUAGGGCUGACUGGCUAACUGCUACUCUUCUGAAAAGCAGUUUUUAAGUAUCAUCAACCUUAAUUCUACUGUGAAUCUGUACAGGGAAAAUAAUCAGAAGUAGACAAAGAUUAACAAAAGGGAUAUUCAUGCCAGCAUCAUAUAUAACUAAGAAAAGAAAACUAGAUUUUUAACAGUAUGGGGUUUAUCUAUAAGAUAGUUUUGCAGCCAUAAUAAACAUUUUAAAAGAAUAUUUAAUGACAUGGGGGAAUCAGGGCGGUGCCUGUGGCUCAGUGGGCAGGGCACCGGCCUCAUAUACCAAGGGUGGCAGGUUCAAACCCGGCCCCAGCCAAACUGCAUCAACAACAACAAAAAUAGCUGGGCAUUGGGCAGCGCCUGUGGCUUAGUGAGUAGGGUGCUGGCCCUAUAUGCUGAGGGU